AACUCGACUUCGACCUCGACUCUCAGUCGACUUGCGAUCCCGUUCCGUCUCUUGGCUCUUGUCACCGUUGCAAUCGAUCUCCGCUCUCCGCUCCACCUCGGCGAGGUGCGUCAAAAUUGCGCCAUACCGAAGCGCCUCCGCUUAAACCCUCGUCGCAGGUGGCAGCUUCACAGCCCAAGCGCUUAAGGGUCGUCGUCGGUCGACGAUGACGGCUAAGAAGCGAGUGAGAAUAGGAACGAGAAGAUCUGCGACGGCGGCCAAGAACUCGUCUUCUUCCUCACUCUACAUUCUAUCCUAGACACCUCGACAAAUAUGGCCAACUCACCCCACGGCGGCGUCCUCAAGGACCUCAAUGUCCGCGAUGCUCCCAUCGCUGCCAAGCUGCAAGCUGAGGCUGCCACUCUGCCUGACAUCGUCUUGACUGAGCGCCAGCUAUGCGAUCUCGAGCUCAUCAUGAACGGAGGCUUCUCCCCGCUCGAGGGCUUCUUGGGCAGUGCCGACUACGAGGCCGUUUGUACCACCAACCGCCUAGUCAAUGGCGACCUCUGGCCGAUGCCCAUCACCCUCGACGUCUCGCAGGCCGAAGCUGAGCAGCUCAAGCUGACGUCGGGCUCUCGCGUCGUCCUCCGCGACCCUCGCGACGACAAUGCCCUUGCCAUCCUGACCGUCUCGGACCUUUACCCGGUCCAGCGUGAAUUCGAGGCACAGCACGUCUUUGGUUCCACCGACGCCGCCCACCCUUCGAUCCAUUACCUCAACACUCAAGUCAAAGACUUGUACGUCGGCGGUGCAGUCCAGGCCAUCUCCAAGCCCCGAUACUACGACUACGUGGCGUUGCGCUACACCCCUGCCGAGCUUCGCGCCCAUUUCUCGAAAGUGGCAUGGCGCAACGUCGUCGCCUUCCAGACGCGCAACCCGAUGCACCGAGCCCACCGUGAGCUCACUGUACGAGCAGCAAGGCAGCGUCAAGCCAACAUUCUAAUUCACCCCGUCGUGGGCAUGACCAAGCCUGGAGAUGUAGACCACUACACGCGCGUGCGCGUCUAUGCGAGCCUCAUGCCCCGAUACCCCAACGGCUCGGCGCACUUGGCUCUCCUCCCGCUCGCCAUGCGCAUGGGUGGACCCAAGGAGGCACUCUGGCACGCCAUCAUCCGCAAGAACUUUGGUGUGACUCACUUCAUCGUCGGGCGUGACCACGCUGGCCCGGGCAAAAACUCGGCAGGCAAGGACUUCUACGGGCCCUACGACGCUCAACAGCUCGUGACUCAACACACCGAGGAGCUUGGCAUCGAAAUGGUUCCCUUCCAGAUGAUGACUUAUGUGCCCGCCCAAGACGAGUACUUCCCCGUCGACGAGGUCGCUCCUGGCACGCAGACUCUGGACAUCUCCGGCACUGAGCUGCGCAAGCGUCUUCGUACCGGCCAAUCCAUUCCUGACUGGUUCUCGUAUGAGUCCGUCGUCAAGGUGCUCCGCGAAUCUUACCCGCCCAAGCAGUCGCAAGGCUUUACCAUCUUCCUCACCGGCCUCUACAACUCCGGCAAGGACGACAUCGCGAAGGCGCUCCAGACUCGCCUCAACGAGCAGGGCGGUCGCUCCGUCUCGCUUCUCCUAGGUGAGACGGUCCGCUCUGAGCUGUCCGCCGAGCUUGGCUUCUCCCCUGAGGAUCGCCACAAGAACAUUCAGCGCAUCGCCUUUGUAGCUGCCGAGCUCACUCGCGCCGGUGCAGCCACCAUUGCCGCCCCUAUCGCCCCUUAUGCCAACUCGCGCGCUGCGGCCAAGCAGCUCGUCCAGUCCACGGGCGGCUCGGGCAACUUCUUCAUGGUGCACGUGAGCACCCCGCUCGAGGUUUGCGAGGCCACCGACAGGAAGGGCGUCUAUGCUGCUGCGCGCGCCGGUAAGAUCCAGAACUUCACGGGUGUAUCAGACGUGUAUGAAGCUCCUUCAGAUGCCGACGCGACCUUUGACUUGAGCAAAGUAACCGUCGCCGAGGCUGCGCACGGCAUUGUGCUGCUGCUGGAGACGAAUGGCCUCAUUUGAGCGUGCCAGAGGGGCGAAAUGGGUGGGAGCAGAGGC